AAAGGGGGGGUCUCACAGGCCGGAGGAGGAGUAGGUGCUGGUGAAGAUGGCGGCAGCUGAGGCCGCGAACUGCAUCAUGGAGAAUUUUGUAGCCACCUUGGCUAAUGGGAUGAGCCUCCAGCCGCCUCUUGAAGAAGUAACCCUCCUUUGCCUUUCCCUUGUGUCUGCCCCAGUUCUGCCUUCCCCUCCCCACCCCAGCUGUGGGCUGAGCUAGAGACUGGGGCAGAGAAACUGGAGAGAUGAUAGGCGUGGCUGAGGUUUCCUGUGGCCAGGCGGAAAGCAGCGAGAAGCCCAAUGCGGAGGACAUGACAUCGAAAGACUACUAUUUCGACUCCUAUGCCCAUUUCGGCAUCCAUGAGGAGAUGCUGAAGGACGAGGUGCGGACCCUCACCUACCGCAACUCCAUGUUCCACAACCGGCACCUCUUCAAGGACAAAGUGGUGCUGGACGUGGGCUCUGGCACAGGCAUCCUCUGCAUGUUCGCUGCUAAGGCAGGGGCCCGGAAGGUCAUCGGGAUCGAGUGUUCCAGUAUCUCUGAUUAUGCUGUGAAGAUCGUCAAAGCCAACAAGCUAGACCAUGUGGUGACCAUCAUCAAGGGGAAGGUGGAGGAGGUGGAGCUGCCAGUGGAGAAGGUGGACAUCAUUAUUAGCGAGUGGAUGGGCUACUGCCUCUUCUACGAGUCCAUGCUGAACACUGUGCUCUACGCCCGAGACAAGUGGCUGGCACCGGACGGCCUCAUCUUCCCAGACCGGGCCACGCUGUACGUGACAGCCAUUGAGGACCGGCAGUACAAAGACUACAAGAUCCACUGGUGGGAGAAUGUAUACGGCUUCGACAUGUCCUGCAUCAAGGAUGUGGCCAUCAAGGAGCCACUGGUGGAUGUGGUGGACCCAAAGCAGCUGGUCACAAAUGCCUGCCUUAUAAAGGAAGUAGACAUCUACACUGUCAAGGUAGAGGACCUGACCUUCACCUCACCAUUCUGCCUGCAAGUGAAGCGGAACGACUAUGUGCACGCGCUGGUGGCCUACUUCAACAUCGAGUUCACACGCUGCCACAAGCGCACCGGCUUCUCCACCAGCCCUGAGUCCCCAUACACGCACUGGAAGCAGACAGUGUUCUACAUGGAGGACUACCUGACAGUGAAGACGGGCGAGGAGAUCUUCGGCACCAUUGGCAUGCGGCCCAAUGCCAAGAACAACCGAGACCUGGAUUUCACCAUCGACCUGGACUUCAAGGGCCAGCUAUGCGAGCUGUCCUGUUCCACUGAUUACCGGAUGCGCUGAGGCGACACCCAGGGCCUGUGGCAUUCUUAGGCAGUUUGGGGUCCCCCUUCCUCUCCCUCCCUCCCACAGAAGAGGGUUUUAGGGGUUGGGGUUGGGGGGAUGGGCAGGGCACAUCGUGACUGUUUUUCAUAACUUAUGUUUUUAUAUGGUUGCAUUUACGCCAAUAAAUCCUCAGCUGGGA